UGUGUUGGUUUAGGAGUUGGGUUUGCAACCCGGCAGGUGGGGAAUGUGACCAAACCCACUGUGAUCAUCAGCACCGAGGGGGACAAAGUCAUGAUCAGGACUCAGAGCACUUUCAAAAACACAGAAAUCGGCUUUAAGCUUGGCGAGGAGUUUGAUGAAACUACCCCGGAUGACAGAAACUGCAAAUCAGUAGUCACCCUGGAUGGAGACAAGCUAGUGCAUGUACAGAAAUGGGAUGGCAAAGAGACAAACUUUGUUAGAGAAAUAAAGGAUGGCAAAAUGGUUAUGACUCUCACUUUUGGUGAUGUGGUUGCUGUUCGCCACUAUGAGAAAGCGUAGAGCUUACCUGACCUCUAUCCGUAUGGUACUUCUGCUGGAUGGAUUAAUGUACUGUCCGUAACUGAACGUAGCUAAAAUGCACACUUCUGGCAUGGAAGGUUAAU